AUGUUAGAAAAAUUAAUGAUAAUGAUGAAAACACAGCAAGAAGAAAAUAGAACAAUGAUGAAAGCACAUCAAGAUGCAAUUAGAGAAGAAAAUAACAAAAUGACAAGUCAGAUAGAAAACAAAUUAGAGAAAUAUGAAUACGAAGUGAAAGGUUAUCUACAACAAAUACAAGAAGAAGUCGAUAGAAUAGCGGAAGAUACAGAUAUAAAACUAGAGAGUUAG